GACUUGGGUACGUGUAUCACAACGGCAAGAGUGCCAGCGCCCACAAAGACCCAUUGGAUCUGUCAGCUCCUCUCUUUGACCAAGCAGACACAGUAGCUAACCAGCAAAGCAGAGUAAGCCAAGUGCCUCUGCAUGAGAUCAUCAGCUGAUUAACACACAAGAAAAAAUAACUAAUUUAGACCACAGUUCUAGCUUUUCUUGAGAAACUGGAAUUUGAAGGAGCUAUUCUGAGAUCUGUGCUCCUAGCAAGUGACUGAUAACAUUAUAGACUGGAUUGUUUGCUGAGUUGAGAGACUGAGUUGUAACUGAGUGAAAAAUAGACAACGAAAUCUUGAAGAAUUGCACGUAAGUGCAAGCCAGAUUUAACUCUUUCUCUAAGUAGUAUUGGUUGGACUGAGAAAUUGCUAAACCAAACCUGUGAUAGGACUGGUUAUUUGGGUAUCUCUCUUUGUCAUUGUUGUCUCUUACUGUUACAUUGCUUUCUGUGUUAUCGCUGGAGGCCCAGAUGUUCUCAGAUAAUUCACAUUGUCCUGACUGUGGACAACAAUGGUUUCCUAGUUUAGAACUAGGCCACUGGUUGUACCAAACUGAACUUAUUGAAAAUGAAUGUUACCAAGUAUUUUUAGAUCGUAUUAACAGAGCUGAUUAUUGCCCUGAGUGUUAUCCUGAUAAUCCUGCUAAUAGAAGCCUUGUCCUUCCUUGGUCUUUCCCACUUGAAUGGGCUCCCCAAAAUCUUACCAGGUGGACCUUUGAAAAAGCUUGCCACCCGUUUCUCCUGGGUCCUCCGCUGGUUAGAAAAAGGAUACAUGACUCUAGACUAGCUGGUUUUAACCCCGCAUUACAAUUAAUCUUGGCCAGAACAGACACAACCUUAAACAAAAAACUUGGCCAAAGCAAAUAACUUCUUAGAGAGUCACAAUCAUGGAGACUCUAGAGAGUUUUGUGCUAGUAACCCACGGAAGAUGGAAACAUGACGCCUUCUAAAUCUGAUUCAGACUGUCACUACUUCGGGGAACUGCUUCAAUUGUUGGGUCUGCUUCCAUGGUUGACACCUAUUCUGUUCGGCAUGCAUUUAGUCAGUAUUCCAGCCAGGCUGUUCAUCUGGAACCAGAGUAUUUCAUGUUCCCUAUGUUUUGGAAUUAGCUUACCCCUCCUAAAAAGCUCCAUAGCCUAAUUACUGACAUAGGACAAGGUAGUCCUGGAGGAGCCCCAUACUGUGUAUACCAUGCUGAUAUUUCUAGUGAUAACUUCUGUGGGAAAGCAUCUUCAUUGUAGCUGGCUUCUAGAUCAGCGGUCGCCUCACUGGUGGUCCGUGAGGGCCGAAAGGUUGGCAACCGCUGUUCUAGAUUAUUUCAGUAAAAGAACUAGACAUUUUAAUAAGAAAUUACAUUGUUCUAAAUUCCACCUCUUCUGAUUUUAUAUAUAAUUUAUUCAUAUAUAAUCAUUUAUUCAUAAUUGGCUCUAUUUGGCCUUAGUGUGGCUUUGAUAUUAUAGAUAACUGCUCACCGCCAGAGAAAUCACAUUCUAUUGGGUAACACCUACAUAGAUUAUACAAAAACAUGCAGAAAUGCCACUGUCUAUACUUACUUGGCUCUACAUAAACAAAGACUGUCCUGUCUUUGUGGUGACUGAACUUAGACUGUCCUAGCAGGAAAUGGGAAAGUGCCUGUGUAUGAGAUAGGCUGCAAAAGGAGGUAUCCAGCUUGACUCCAUAAUAGUAUGAGCAGUCUAAGGGAAGCAUCUUUUUUUUUUUUUUUAAUAUAUUUUUAUUGAUUUCAAAGAGGAAGGGAGAGAGAUAGAAACAUCAGUGAUGAGAGAGGAUCAUUGAUUGGCUGCCUUCUGCAUGCCCCACACCGGGGAUCAAGCCCACAACCCAGGCAUGUGCCCUUGACCAGGAAUUGAACCUGGGACCUUUCAGUCCACAGGCCGAUGCUCUAUCCACUGAGCCAAGCCAGCUAGGGCUAAGGGAAGCAUCUUAAAACCAAGACGGUCUUGCUGGGUGUUAGCCACAUUCUGGCCUUCACUUGUUCAUGAGAAAUUUAGAAAAAGCUCUGUUGGAACAUCUCAGAGGCCAUGGGAUAAGUUUAAAAUUCCACUUAAGAUGCUAGAUAAUCCAGAGCUUGUGUAUCAACUCAACAAUGUUCUCAGAGUCCCGGGUCCUUUCUGUUUUUUCCCUCUGGGAUCCUUAUCGCAUUAGCUUUUGUCUUCUUAGUGUCCUCAGUGAUGACAGUGUGGCUUGUUGCUGCUCUAGGCAUUUCAGUCCCAUCUGGAAACAGGGAGCGAAAGCUUUCUCCUUUGCCGACUCUGUCUUAUUUGGAAAGGAAAUCUUUCCCAAAAGUCCCUCACCAAUUUCUCCUUACAUCUCAUUAGAAGGUACUGGUUCAAACAGGAGCCUGGGAAGCCAGGCAAAGGAGAAUGGGGCUGGCAGUGCCUGGGCAGGGCACCUGGUCUCCCAUAAUAAAAUGAGGGCUCUUUUAAAGGAAGAAGCGGGGAAUGAAAGGCUGUUUUUAUGCAAGAACUCACGCCUGCCACAUGUUGUGAAACCUGAGUUGUUUGUUAGUCUGUAUAAAGAAUGUACCCCAGAGACCUACCCUGUAUCUGCCUUGUGUCUAUCUUGGUGGAAGUUCUCUCCUGUUAUAUUGCUGAAUAAACUGUGUGGACUGCUAAA